UCCCCUCAGCCGAGCCGCCCGGCCCGGGGGCCGCCGUGACUCUCCCGGGCGCCCCCAGUGCUGGGAGAGCCCCGGCCAGGCGCCCGGGAGCUGCGCCCCUCCCGCGCCGCCAUGGCCCCCAAGGACAUCAUGACCAACUCCCACGCCAAGUCCAUCCUGAACGCCAUGAACGGCCUGCGGAAGAGCAGCACGCUCUGCGACGUGACUCUGCGCGUGGAGCAGAAAGACUUCGCCGCGCACCGCAUUGUGCUGGCGGCCUGCAGCGACUACUUCUGCGCCAUGUUCACUAGCGAGCUUUCAGAAAAAGAUAAACCAUAUGUGGAUAUCCAAGGGUUGACAGCCUCUACUAUGGAAAUCCUUCUGGACUUUGUGUAUACAGAAACGGUUCAUGUGACAGUAGAAAAUGUCCAGGAAUUGCUCCCAGCAGCAUGUCUGCUUCAGCUGAAAGGUGUGAAGCAGGCUUGUUGUGAGUUCUUGGAAAGCCAGCUGGAUCCGUCAAACUGUUUGGGCAUCCGAGAUUUUGCUGAGACACACAACUGCGUUGAUCUAAUGCAGGCAGCAGAGGUCUUCAGCCAGAAACACUUCCCAGAGGUGGUUCAGCAUGAAGAGUUCAUCCUCUUAAAUCAGGAAGAGGUGGAAAAGCUCAUCAAAUGUGAUGAAAUUCAGGUGGAUUCUGAAGAACCUGUUUUUGAGGCAGUUAUAAAUUGGGUGAAACACUCAAAAAAGGAACGGGAGGACUCCUUGCCAGAGCUGCUGCAGUACGUGCGCAUGCCGCUUCUUACCCCACGCUACAUCACAGAUGUCAUAGACACCGAGCCUUUUAUACGGUGCAGUUUGCAGUGCAGAGACCUUGUAGAUGAAGCUAAGAAAUUCCACCUAAGGCCUGAGCUCCGGAGUCAGAUGCAAGGACCCAGGACCAGAGCACGUCUAGGGGCUAACGAAGUUCUGUUAGUGAUUGGAGGCUUUGGCAGUCAGCAGUCACCUAUUGACGUGGUGGAAAAAUAUGACCCAAAGACCGAGGAGUGGAGUUUCUUGCCGAGCAUCACCCGUAAGAGGCGCUAUGUUGCCACGGUGUCCCUGCAUGAUCGGAUUUAUGUGAUUGGGGGAUACGACGGCCGCUCCCGUCUCAGCUCUGUGGAGUGCUUGGAUUAUACGUCGGAUGAGGAUGGCAUCUGGUACUCAGUGGCUCCAAUGAAUGUUCGUCGAGGCCUGGCAGGGGCCACUACCCUAGGAGAUAUGAUCUACGUUUCUGGUGGUUUUGAUGGAAGCCGGCGUCACACCAGUAUGGAAAGAUAUGACCCAAAUAUUGAUCAAUGGAGUAUGCUGGGAGACAUGCAAACAGCUCGGGAAGGAGCAGGACUGGUUGUAGCUAAUGGUGUUAUCUACUGCCUCGGUGGCUAUGAUGGGCUGAACAUCCUGAACUCUGUAGAGAGGUAUGACCCUCACACUGGACACUGGACAAAUGUCACCCCAAUGGCCACCAAGCGCUCAGGAGCAGGAGUAGCGUUGUUGAACGAUCACAUUUACGUUGUUGGUGGGUUUGAUGGGACAGCGCAUCUCUCCUCUGUGGAAGCCUAUAACGUUCGCACUGAUUCCUGGACUACUGUGACAAGUAUGACAACGCCUCGUUGCUACGUGGGUGCCACCAUGCUGAGGGGACGGCUGUAUGCAAUAGCUGGGUAUGAUGGCAACUCGCUGCUGAGCAGCAUUGAGUGCUACGAUCCCAUCAUUGACAGCUGGGAAGUGGUGACCUCACUGGGUACACAGCGUUGUGAUGCUGGUGUUUGUGUCCUUCGGGAGAAGUGACUUUGGAGAAGCCCAGGUGAGAGAAACUCCUUGAGAAGGACAGGCUGAAGGAGGAGAGUCUCACGUGAUUUGCAGGGACUGUUCCUGAUAGCUGGGGAUGCAGGGACUGCAGGCACUAGUGCAGCAUUCUUUGUGUGCUGCUUGAAAUACGUUGUGUGGACAAAGACAUCACCCCAGCAGCCACUUGAAAUCAAGAGCUCUGUGUGAAGCUAGAAAAAGGUACUUGGGUGGGUCAGGAGAAAUUGCAUCCUCUGCCAACCUGCCAUCCCAACAGCUAACUUUAUCAACACAGCAGAUAUGCUUGGAGCUUUGCCUGGUCAGACAGCCUAAUGAAUGUUUAGGAAGAUACGUACUUACAGCUGAUCUGACAGUCACCUCUGCACCUGCAGUCCUUGCAGGGUCACUGGGAGCUCUGAGCUGCCUGCGUGUUUGAGGGUGGAAUCCAAACUGUUCUUGAUGUGCCAGCUUCAGAUUCUCAUACAAACUAAAUGUUUAAAGCUAAGUGUUCCAUGUACCAAGUGCACUUCCAUGCAGAUGAUUGCCAGUGUGUGCUACACUGGAGCUACAUCUGCAGGUUAUACAUGGACCUGUGUACAAAGGACAGAAAUCGCACACUAAUGCUUUCAACUACUGAGACCCAGAUGCAGCGGGGGAGGAGAAGGGUCUGGCACUCCAGGUAAUAGUGGAGGAGGGAGAAGCAGAGAUUGGGGUGUUGGCAAGACUGCAGUAUCCCAGUCUGCCUACUGGAAACAGACUGGAAGAGGUGAGGAGAAUAAUGUGUUUAACAUGGUCGCAUUUUCUUCAAGAAGAUUGAUGGACUUGUCUUGGGAGUGAGAGCUUUUUCUGGCAGCAGAAACCUCACUCUGCUGCUCACCACAACCCUGUGAGUGUUUGUCAUCGUGCAGAACAGUGGAACCAGCGGAUUCCUUGGUGACUGAGACAUGGGAGGGUAGACAAGACUCAGGAUCAAUUUAGAACGUACAUGUACUACUGAAUAAGAACCAUUCCCUGCCUCGAGACACAAGGCAUCUAGAACUGGCACUUCAAACCCCUUUCAUGCCUUUACUCUCAGCUAUUUACUUCCUUGGCUCCUAACACCUCGUCUUCUCACACCCAUAAUGCUGUGUGCAAAACAUACAGUCCAAGCUCCACAGCUGAAGCUGCAAAUAAUGCAGCUUCAUCCAUUGGCUUGCUAGACUGUCCUCCCCUUCAGCCCAUCUUACAUCUUUGGUGCUCUCUGCUCAAGGAUCAGAAGCCUCAGUCACUCCUGCCAAGCCUCCCACAAUGUCUGGGUUUUGGGUGGUGCUGCUCUCUGUGUGUGCUAUUGAUUCUGUGCUUCAGGGAUGGAGUGGGACCAGGGACACAGUAGAAGGAGUUAAUGAUGCACUUUCAGCCAACACUCUGAAUUCCUCCAUUUGUUCCUAUCACAUGUUUUGUGUUUCAUUUCCUAUGUAUUUUUUUUAGUGAAAGUAUCAAAAAUAAAAUACCUGUAGGAGUUUGUUCUCUGCCCUCUAGUCAUGCAUUUAAGGGCUAUGUUGGGGAUACACCUGUAUGGUUGCCUUAAAAGACCCUCAUUAGACCAGUUAGUCAUUCAUGUUGAAGUUCUCUUUAGCUGUGACUUUUUGACCUGCAGUUUACAAGCCUGGGUGGGUGGUUCUUAAUAGAUGUGUCCUGUCCAUUGUGGUCAGUGUUACAAACAUCUUUUGGGGAUAGGAGGUCUAGAAGAAUUUGCUGCUGCCAAAUCGAUUUGAGGCCAAUUUAGGAGGAUUCAGGAAAGGAUUGGACAUUUAUGUGAUUCAUGGAACAUCCAAUCUAGAUGGAGAUAGCGAAAUGUGUUACUUUUGAGCUAGGGGUGAGGCACAGCUUGUUGUGUGUUGUAGAGCCUGAAAAUAGCAGCUCGUAUUUGCUUUCUUGCCAAUGGUGUAAUUGCAAAAUACCCUCAGUACCUCCCUCCCCACCCUCACCAAAUCCUUCAGUGAUCCUAGUCCUGGGUUGAGAGCGCUCUUGCAAUCCCCUAGCUUGUGACUUAGUCCCCUUCCAAACAUCCUCUCCUCAUGUUUUCUGGAUUUUAAACAUGCAGGUUUCCUGCAGUGCUGACCCUCUCUGCAUCAAGGGGAGAGCAGGGGUACUGGCUGGACCACUCUCUAGCCCUCUUCCUAAGCCAUGAGUAUAUGAGGAACUGCCUUGCUGAUGAAGUGUGAGCUCCCAUGUAGGAAUAAGAUCCAAACAGGAGCCCUAUCCAGUACUCACUGGGAAGCACUAACUAUUUCCAUAACUGCAUGCAGGACCCCAGAGCAGUAAAUAGGAAAUGGCCUAAGCCAAACCUCCUAUGGCAUGAGGAGAGAGACUUCUGAGAGUUCCCAGGUUAUAAUCACAGCAAAGGGGUGGUGGUCUACACUCGAAGCAUGCAGCAGCUCCUCUGACCUUUCUUGGGUCAGCUUCCAUGCAGAGGCCUUUUGUGCUGCUUUCUAACAUCAGGCCCCAGGCUUCCACCUCCAGUUUCCCUAUUGUCCAGCCACCCACCAGUGAUGGUGGUCAAUGCUUGGUUCUGCUGACUUCGUUCCAUUCCAAUGAAUGAAAUAACAGGGCCUAAACCAGGUUAUAGCAGGGCUUGGCCCUGUCCACAGUGCCAUGGGGACCUUUCUAGGAAGAGCUGUAUUGUAAAGGUUGUAUUUGCUGGAGGGGCAUGGCAUUGCUAAAUAUAUCACAAACAAAAGAAAUCCUAACAAUAAUCUAAGCUGAUUAGUGAUGGAGAUGGUAAAAUUGUAUAUAUUGAUUGAGAAAAGGCAGAAGUGCUCAAUAAAUAUUUCUUUUGUGUUUCGAAAGAAGCUAGAUGAUGUUUUCACACCUUACAGUGAUAAUGAAAUACUCUGUUCCAACAGCAACUAGGGAGGAUGUUAAACAGCAGCUGUUAAAGUUAAGUAUUCUUAAAUCAGCAAACUGGAUAACUUGCACCCAAGAGUUUUAAGAGAAUUGGCUGAGGAGUUCUCUUGACCACUGAUGUGGAAUUUUUAAAAUCUUGGACUGUUCCAGAAGUUUCAGAGGACUGCUUAAAAACAACAACAACAAAAAGGCAAUGUAGUAUCAGGGUUUUAAAAGGGUAAAUGGGACAACCCAGGUAACUCUAAUGUGGUUAGCCUAACAUCGAUCCCUGGUAAAAUAAUGGAAAAGCUGAGGUUGGAUGCAGUCAGUAAACAAUUAAAGAAUGGCAGCAUAAUUCAGGCCAUUCAGUAUGGUUUUGUGGAAAAUAGAUCUUGCCAAGCAAACCUGAUACUGCUUUUGGAUGAAAUUACAAAUUUGGUUGAUAAAGGUAAGUGUGAUAUAUUUAGACUCAUGUUUUUGACUGGCUACUGUAUGGAAUUCCGAUUUAAAAAUAGCACUGUACAAAAUCAAAGCAGCACAUACUAAAUGGAUUAAAAACUAGCUGGACA